AUGAGAUACGCUUUGAUCGGCCUCGCCGUCGCGGCAAGCACAACCGCACAGUCACAGUUCACAAAUCUCCCCUCCAACUUCGUGUCUCUCAUCCCGAGUAGUGCACUCUCGCUCAUUCCCAGCGGUGUUCUGCCAAGUGCCGCAGCGUCCUCCGAUGCUGGAAGCAACAACGAUGCUUCUGCCACUGCUAGCGGCACCACUGACAACGGCGCAACCACAGCCGCCGACUCUCAAACAACAGCUCCUCCCUUCAUUCCCCCGCCAUUCUCUACCAACCCCGGAGCGUGGUCUUCUAUCUACCGCUCCAUACAAUCCAACGGCUUCUCCUGGCCCUCCUCUGCCUACGGACCCGGUCAAGGCCCCUGGGGCGGCUACGGUGGUGGCCCAUACGGUCCAAACGGCCAUCCUUGGGGUCCCAAUGGUUGGGGCCCCUGGGGAUCCAACAGCUGGGGUCCUUCUGCGUGGCAAUCAAAUAGCGCCUGGCGCAAUGGGCCGUGGACUCAUUGGUGGGGAGGAAGCGCAUGCCCCGGCAGCGACUGGCCUGGCUGGACGCAAGGUUCGUGGAGCACGGAUGCACCGUGGAUUAGCUGGGCUGGUUGCAGUGCCAGCACUACGGGGACGAGCGUUGUUACCACGACUAUUAGCGGUGUUCAGACCACUGCCACCCAGUAUGGUGUCCAGGUUGCCCAAGCAGCGGGUACGGGAGACACUUCAGGUAACAGCGCCGGAAGUCAGGGCGCGGCCCCAAUGAAGACUAUGGCCCCCGCAUUAGCUGCAAUUGGUGGUGCUGUUGCAAUCUUCCUAUAA